ACUAUUUCCUACUACUACUAUUCUUCUUUUAUUAUCAUGUCGAGGACACAACAUGGAGACUCGGUCGGAGGUCGGGGUUUGGGCCGGUGCGAGCGGCUGCACCGGGCGUUGUGGGAUUGCCACCGCCGGAUCCCAGCAGGACCGCCGCGCGAGGCGGCGUGCCGCCACCUGAACCGGUCAUUGGCGGAAUGCCUGGUGGCGGAGGCUUGCCCCGGCGAGUCGGAGUUGGUCAGGAGCCUGUGCUCGAGCGGUGGGACCGCUCUCAAGCGGUCCCAGUGCCAACAGGCUCAGGUGUCCCUCGGCGUUUGUCUCUCUUCUCAUCAAACACCCUCUUGAUCCGAAACCCUAGCCCUAUUUUAUUUCCUCGCUUGAAAGGACAAUUGCCAAUAUACACUGGCUAGCCGUACAUGGAAGAGAAAGGAAUCUUACAGCUUUUAGCUGCAAAUGGAAUCCGUGCAAGGGCUUGGUUGAGAGUUUUCUAGAUUCCUUGCUUCACAUCCAAUGACAUGGCUACUCUGAUGUGUUGUAACAGAGUUAAAUCAGAAUGUGUGUAUAUGUUAGAACCAUUCAGUGUGCCUGGUGCUUUUGAAAUACCCAAGCUUCGGUUGCUCAUGUCCACCACAUCAUCUCACUUAUUUGGUAGACCAGAUCAGUGAGCUCAAGCCACGUUACAAUAAUGUCAGCUUUGAGUCUAUACUCAUCAGUGCCACUGGACAUGGACCAGUGCGUAAUCUCUUCAAAUUGGAGAGAGGAACAGUGGGUUUUUUGGUUUUUUGUGAACAUGUAAUGUUUGUGUUUGUCUGUAGUUAGCGACACCUAUAUAUAUAAAUAUUUUGGUCAAGGGACACCUAUAGUUGAUAGAUAAAUAAAAUCAUUUUUGAAUGGAAAGUUGGAAACCUGAAAACUCUCUCUCUCUCUCUCUCUCUCUCUCUCUCUCUCUCUCUAUAUAUAUAUAUAUAUAUAUAUGUAUGUAUGUAUGUAUGUAUGUAUUUUUGUAUAUAGUUUUACUUGUUUCAAAGGCAACUAUGUUGACCCAAUACCCCUUGUUGGCUAGUUACUAUAUCAUGAUCAGUUAGUUAAUAAAAACCUUUCAAAGAACUAUUGGUCACCUUAAUUUUCGGGAUUAUGCCGUGGGGCUGUUCAGUGGAUUAAGUUAACAUUUAGCUUUAUCAACCUACCCAAGGA